AUGGAACGGGACACAAGAGAGGCUCUCCUCGAGGCGUUCAAGAACGCACAAAUCGCAGGGUUGGACGAGAGUUGGAACCUUACAGGGUUUCAUAAGGUACCAUCUUACUUCAAGGCGGAGAAGUCAACACUGGACUACAUCCGCGACAAUUCUGAACGGUUGAAGACAUGGACACCUCAGCUACAGAUCGAACAGAUCUGUUCGCACGAAACACAAGCCACUGUCGAUCCCGCGUUUUGCAAGUUAGCCAAGGGCCAAAGUCGGAACAUGCACACUCCUCUUAUGGAACAAAUGACACAGCUCAUGGAGAACCACAGGAGGGCACGUGAACGGUGCCAGACAGAUGCCGACUUCCAACAGAAUUUAUUGAACCACUGCAUUGUGCAGCUGUUAGAAGAAGAUCUCAACGGCCGUACGUAUGAACGUACUCUACAGUUGCAUCCCAAAUGGCAACUGAUGGAGACACACGAGCUUAUACAGCUGUUGAGCCCUGACAUUCAGGAUGCACAGCAACGUACGACAGCACGUCUCCAGAGUCGCAACAGCCGCGAGGGCCCGACAACCAAUGGAAGUCGUGACUACACCAAUAACCGCCCCAACCUACAGACGAAUAAACGACAAACGCAGAAUUGGACUCAACGGUCCCAACCUACGGUACCAACGACUUGUGCGGGGUGCCAGGCACAAGCGCCACCAGGUGGUAGGCACAUCCCACGGUGUCAUCAUUUCAGGGCGUCGCAAGCGGUGAGCGCGGAGGGUCGGCCAAGGCUAUAG